AUGGCUUAUUCAGGUUAUUCCACAGAUAAUUCUGAUUCAGAUCAAACUAAUACAUAUCCACUUAAAGAAAAGUCAACAUUGAAAAAACGUAGCAAAAGAAAUCAUCAUCGUAAACGAUUUGGACGAAUGGCUAAAUCAUGGAAAUUUAUGAAACUAAGAAAAUUAUGGGAAAGGGAUAUGGCUAAACAAAGAAGUAUAUCAGCACCUUUUGUUUCAAUUAAAGCCAAUAAUAAAUAUGAAUCUAUGACAGCCAGUUUACUUUUUAUGUUUGCUAUAACUCAGUGUAUAUUUGGCUUUGUAUUACCGAUAUGUGAUUCAUUUGGUAUGAAAAGAUCUAAACUAUAUUAUGAAGCAGAUCAUAAGUAUUAUUUGGAAAUAUUUCUAAUCUCUCAAUAUUGUGGAGCAAUACUUGUAUUAGCUUAUUUACAAUAUUUAAUUUAUAGUGGAACAAAAAAACAAAUAAAACAAAAAAUUAUUCAUGAACUUUCUAAAUCUAAAACUGGUUGUGAAUUAGUAGAUGAUAAACAUAUGAUAAUUAAUGAACAUCAUGAAUUAAGUGAACCAAAUAUAUUGAUGAAAUUAGAUUAUAUGAAUAAUUCCUCACCAGUUAGUCCAAUUGAUAAACUAUCUGAUAUUGAAUCAACAACUAGUGAACGACAACUGACACGAUUAAUUCAUCUUUACAAUGAUGAUAAUAAUAAUAAUAACAAUAAUAAUCAAGAGAAACCUUAUAUAUCAAUACAUCCGGAAGGAAUGAAUUUAUAUAUGCGACUUGGAGCAGUUGGUUUCGGUUUAGGUGUAAUGAUUCAUGAUGGUUUCAAUUUAUCUUCAGUAUGGGAAGUCAGUGAACCAGUAUGUCACAGUAAACUAUGGAUACCAAAACAUAUAAUAAGAAUAGUAUGGGUACUUUGGCAAACAUAUUUUGUGUUCAAAUAUCAUAGAGUUAUAUUACACCGUCAUCUUGUAACAGUACGUUUGUCUUAUAUACAUUUGGCUACAAUAAACUUUUGUCAUUGGCUUAAAGUUGUAGUUAAUGAAGUGGCGUUAAGUUUAAAAACACCAGUUUCUUAUUCAUCAACAGCUCAUUCAACUCAUAUUUCAAAUAUUAUGAUUGAAAAGCAUAAUAUGACUCAUAUUUCAUUGAAUCCUUACGAUGAACAUCAUACUCAAAAUAGUCACUAUACUAAGGGUGAUACAUUGGCCGAAACAACAAAUCAUCAUAACAAUAGAAGUAUUUCCAGAUUAUGUCUUGGUUAUUUGGGCGUAACAGUGGAUCCAUUUUUAUAUCCAUUAGCUAUUGAAUAUAGUUUAAUAACUGGAUCAUUCUUUUAUAAAAUGCUACAACGUUUAGAUCAGACAUUUCCAAAAUCAUUUAAUCGUACAUCAAAUGGUAGUGAUUGUCUUGCAUUGAAUUCACCAAGUUUAUUUAGUCCAUCACCAUUAUCAACCACUAAUAGUAUAAAUAAAAUUGAAUUUGAUAAAUUCCUUGAAGAUGAUGUCUCAGAACAUCAUCAACAACAGCAACAAUAUCAUCCAGAAUGUAUAAAACAUAUGACAUAUAGACCAGUAAUGGGAUGUAAAGUAUUUCUUCCACUAUUGAAAAAGAAUAGAUUACCAAUAUUAAAUGAACAUUAUUCACCAUCUAUAGUUGAAGAAAAUAAACAACUAUGUAGUGAUGAACAAAAUUUAUCUAAAUUCAAUUCAGAUCAUCAAUGUCAUCGUUCACAUACUGGUUUAUUUUUAGGUAUAAUGUUAUUAAUUGGUAGUAUUAUAUGUAUGGUAUUAUUUUUAAUCCAUGGACGUAAUAAAUCAAAACAAUUAGCAUCAUAUAUAUAUCAAAAUUCUAAAUUAACCUUAUCAACAAUUAGUUUAUUAGCAUGUAUUAUGGGUAUAAUACAAACGAAUCAAUUAAAAUUUCAUCGUUUAAAACAAAGUGAAAAUUUUGAAUAUAAUUUAUUAACUAUUGGUUUAAUUGCUUUAUUAUAUUUAAUUAAAUGUACAUUAGAAAUAUGUCAAGCAUUAAUACAAUUUUUUUUUAUUGUUGAAACAUCAAGACGUAAAGUAUGUUGUAUUAAUCAAUCAAGAAUUAAACCUGGACGUUCUAUUAUAGUAUUUUUAUUAAUAUGUAAUUUAGCCUUAUGGCUUGUAAAUACAUUUGAAGUAAGAAGUGCUGAAACACAAUUAUCAUUAUAUAGACAAUAUUUUGGUGUACGUACAUGGUCUAUUAUAACAUAUUGUUUUAUACCAUUAAUUAUAUUUUUUCGUUUUCAUUCAACUGUAUGCUUAGCUGAAUUAUGGACAAAAUUAUAUACAUUAAAAUAA